AUGACCGAGCACAGUCCUCCAGCCUCCCCGCCCUACUCGCCCCGGAGGUCCAGCUCCCGCGCUGCCUUUAAAUGCUCGUGCUCACAACGCAGCCUUCGGAGUCCGAACGAUCGCUUCCCGGUGAAGCUUGUAGUCUUCGACUUUGAUGAAACCCUCACGCUCAUCACCUACAUCAUCGAGGAGGGCGACACUCCGGAGAUGCAGCGGGAGAUCGUGAAGACGAACUUUCAGUCACCAUGGGUGAAAGGGAGCAGAAUCGCCAACCUCAAGAGCAUGCUUAGCGAACUGCGCUUUUCUCGCGCUGGAUCGCGGCGAGCCGUCACAGUGUUGACGAAGAACAAUGCUGGUGCAAGUUCCGUCCUCACAUUGUUGUAUGCGGCAGACCUCUUAGAGUGCUUUGAUGCGAUCUGGGCAUUGCCCUCGCAAGCCGAGUUCUCCGGGAUCUAUCGACAUGGUGAGGAGUGGCUUCCGAUCACACUGUCUCUCCAGGACGUCGCGCACAAAGCCGAUCUGUUGAGCUUAGUGGCGCAGCGCCCAGCAGACUUCUUGCCACAAAUGCAGGAAAAGCCAGACGAGUGGACGAACCUGGCCGACCUCGUGCUCGAAGGCAUCGUCCUCGUGGACGAUCAGCGGGCAAACUUCCAGAGCCCGUCCGGUGCACAAGUGCUUCGAUUCUGCAAGGUGGCGCGCUACGAUGCAUUCUACAGAAAUCUCGGCUUCGUGAAGAAUAUGGGUGGCAUCGGUGCCCAUUGCAUCGAAGAUUUUCGAACUUUGCAAAUGUUCGUGGAGGCCCCAUACAUGUACAAGGAGACUUUCAAGCUUCACUGCGUGCAGCGGCGCUUUCCAGACUACGGAGUGCGACGGCCCGUGGAGGUCGUGCUCUUCGACUUUGAUGAAACGUUGACACUGGCGACCUUUAUGCCUUUGCUGAGCUUCUUUUCACACGUCGACUGGGACCCUGGCGAGCUAUCAGGGACGGACUGGAGUGCUGAGGAGCUAGUGCUCUACAGCUUCGAAUCACCGUUCUUGGAUGGCCGCAGACUGGCCCUGUUGAAGGCUAUGCUUCAGGACAUCGCUAAGCGACACAUUUUGGCCGUGCUUUCGAAAAAUGAGAGCGGUGCGGCUGCAGUCUUGAACCUGCUGAAACUGGCGGGUCUUGCAGAUUACUUCAGUGCCAUCUGGACUACGCCGUACCGGUCGCUCGUUCCUUGCGGCGUGUACCAAGCUUCUCCUGGGCAGUGGGAGGUGUUUGAGCCCCCGCUGAUGGACGUUCAGGACCACCAAACAGAGGUGCUGUACGACAUAGUGGACCACACCGACAAGUGGUUUCCCCAAAUUGGACUGAAGCAGGAUCGCUUUGUGCGGUUGCAACCGCUGUCCCCUGAAUCCGUUAUUCUCAUCGACGACGAGCGAGAGAAUCUUCAGAGCCCGCUUGGCAAGCAGGCGCUGCGCUACUGCAAAGUGGCCCGGUACGACGAGGUCUACAGAAAUUGUGGUCCGCUGAACCAGCUUGGAGGAAUCGGUGCGCACAGCGAGGAAGACUUCGAAACCCUGAAGGCCUUCAUCGCAGAGCCCUGGGCCUUCCAGGAGCCGAGCUUUGAAAAAGAGCAAGGUGAGGAGGGGGCCGUCGCUGAACGUCUCGAUGCUUCGCGAAUGUCAAGCAGAUCGGAGGAGCUGCGGAAGUUGCCUCGCUCCCGGCUGUCACGCUCAAAUUCUUCGCCCUCGUUGCGAGAUGCCCCGCGGCUGCCCGGAAUGUCCCGCAGCCAGAGCUUCUGCUCUUCGCCACGCCUGGACAUUGCUGAUCCGGCUCCCCAGUUGUUCUGGUUGCUCCACGGUUAUGGACUUCCGACUAACGGCAGAGGUUCAAGAGUUCUACAAUGCAGUCAAGGUUCAAGAGUUCUACAAUGUAAAGGGCCGGGCCUUCGGCCCCGGCCACGGCACAGUUCAAUUGCGAUGUGCUUCUGCUUGGACCGUGGUACGCUCUCGCGAGCCACUGCUCCAGAGGAUACGUGCAGAGCCGAGCUUCGGCAGAAGCGCUUGUUGCAGCCAGGUGGAAGGCGACACGACCUUGCUGUACGAGCACUGCGCACUGUGCUUCGGCAUUGGGCGACUACCGGGAAGGUGCCAAACAGGCAAUGCUGUGUUCGCCUCGCUGGUGUGGUGACGGCGACACGGCCACGGCUUUCGCGAGCACCGCAGGAGGCUUUUUCUCCUUCUAUACCUGGCCUGCGCCUGGCCCUCGAGAAGGCACUGAGAGUGGAAGCACAGAUCAAUCGGUUGCUGCACAAAGCCGUCCGCCAGCAAGACCUCGAAGGUGCUAGACAGGCACUGGAUCUUGGAGCAGAGGUGACCGGCAGGGAUGCACAUGGCUGGACACCACUCCACGUCGCUGCAAGCAAAGGUGCAGUGGACAUUUGCGACUUACUGCUCGCGUCCGGUGCAAAGGUGACAGAUGUUUGCUGUCUUUCGGUGUGGCCGGGUCGAAGCUUCACUCCCAUCGACAUCGUCGAUGCCUCGCAGAUCUACUCUUUCAGAGAAGCUCUGUUUCACGGCCGACCUGCGCCCAAGCGGCAGCAGGUCCUCAGCCUGCUCCUGGCUGCCAGGGAUCUCGAGGCAUUCGAGGCCUAA